AUGGCGAAGCGGAUAUACGAUCCUAUCCAUGAUGUGUUCCAGGACACCGGCGACAACGAACCCAAGAGGUCGAAAGUGCUGUCCGUUAGCGAGUUAAACUCGAGCGAGACUUCGAGGAGGAAUGUAUCGAGCAUUAGCAGCCUCUUGACGUCUGAUGAUCAGACUGCGGAGAAGGCCAUACCUGAGCGAGCUCACAGGAACUCGAUCUCCAAUCUAUUGAGCAAUGAUCCCGAGGAAGAUAACAAUGCUGAAAAGGAGAAAGUUGUGCCCGUGCCCCAUAUGACCAAUACCAAGUAUACAAGGCAUUUAAAGAAGCCCGACGGCGAUUUCUUCUCGAGAAAGGAUAUACAAUAUGAUAUGUUGAAGGCUUUGCUCACCGACGAUCGAUGUUUAUUUACUAAUCAUUUGAAAGCCCAGUACACUAAUUCGUUGGCUCCUAUGUCUUUGCCAAAUAACAAGAUACCUAUUAUCACUGAUAAGGAAUACGAUGCCAGAACAUUUGUGUUUAACGACAAAUUGACUUUCGCCCAGAUGUAUGCUUUAACUAUGGCGACUUCGUCCAAAUGCUCGAAGAUACUGAGAGACAAGUUGCUACUGGACGGUCAAGUGGCUUUUUCUACUUGUGUGCUGGGCUUUCUUGUCAAUAUUGGUAGGCUUAACACAACAAUCAACUUCUACUUGGAGAUGACCUCGCAACUGAGAACGUACCACAGUGUUCCUUGUUUGCAGGCUCACACUUUGGAUAUCAAGUCUUUACAAGAUACGCCACGUAUCAAAUCGAUACUACGAAACUUGCCAACGGGUAACAACCCGAUACAUCUGUCGUUGAUAUACAAGCUACUGGGCGUGAUAUCAGAGGAGAAGUUUAACGAAAUCGGAGACAGCGCAUCCCAGAAACUAGAUAAACAAGUAUCGUCUGCCGAGAAGUUCGGCUUGAAUGGUAAAUUCAACUGCAUAAAUAUGCUGUUUGCAUUAUGUGAUAACGCUACUAUAGUGAGGACCCAAUUUUUAUCCAAGUACAUCCAACUUAUAGACCCCCAGGAUAAUAAUCACCGAUUCGAUCUCGACAAAGAUUUGACAUUGUUUAACAUACUGGACAAUUCCAAAUUCGAUGUAAUCGAUAGAGUGAACGUUGUAUUAUGGCUGCUCUACAUCCACACAGAAACAGAUCUAACAGAAGCAGAAGUUGUAGAAUCUUUGAAACUAUUCAUACCGCCAACGAGCGUUCCAGAUUUACAACAUAAUAAGAUACCAUUAAGAUUGACUACAAACAAUUAUGAUGUAGACACAGAAGAGGAAUUGAAAUAUGGCAAGGAGCAAAAGGAGAAAAGACUACUGUUCUUACAGAAAUUAGACAAAUCUGAUACUAGAAAAGAAGAAAAGACAUCAACUGCUGAUAGUAAAGAUGACGACUCUAUUACAGAAAGGGCAACAAGGCGAAAGCGGAAGAAAACUUUGGAGAAAGAAAUACUCCUGGAAUCUAGCAAACCUAAUAAAAAGAUCAAGAAAGAGGAAGAAACUGAGGACCGCGUAAAGGUUGAACCUGAGCAGGAUCAGGAAGCACUAAAGACAGCAAAAGAGAAGCCCGAGGCUCCUUUACUGGCCGCAGAAAGAACCCCCGAUGUUAAAAAGAGCAAAGAAUCAAUUCAUCAAGACCGUGCUGACAGAUUAAUUAACUUCGAUCAGAAUAAAGAAGUUGGUAUUCUUGAAAAAUCGAGGGAAAGAAAGACGCAACGAGAACUACUGCAAGAUCUGUCAGAUGCUCAAGAAAUUGUGAAAAGAAAAAGGAAGCAAAUUGGCAUGUUACGUUUAUUUAAUAAAUACGAUGACAUACCCAUGGGCUCUGUUAUAGGUGUUAGGGGGAAGAAAAGACGGAAAUAUAAGGAUGACGUAUUGGGAUAUGAGACAAGUUUCUUGAAAACCCUUUCUAUAGCAAAACAGAAAUUUAUUAAGGCAUUGAGAAGUGCAGAUACGAAACCCCAACAAAGCGAGAACAAUAUCUUUCAUCUUUAA